CACACACACACACACACACGCUUCUCGCGGCUGGACGGGUGUCAGCGCACAGAAGAUGGUGGCGGCUGCAGCCACUGUGUUGCCCACCGCGCCUGGAUAGCGCACACAGCGUUUCGUGCGGGUGUCGACGCUGCCGCGGCGCGCGAGGAGAAUGGUCAGCUAACGGGGAUAGGACAAUCUCAUCUCAUUGUGGACGUUGCACGGAAUGGAGAAGAUGGACAAUGCAGCAGCCCUAAUCCAUCACAUUUGUCUCGGAUUAAAGGGCAGAAAUACGGAGGUAUGAAGAUUUUUCUCCCCCCAGUGCAUCACAUAUAAUUGAAUUAAAGUGGCUGGAUCAAGGCAGCGCACUGCUUUGACCUGUGGGACUGUGGUGUGGGGGGGGGGCGUGGAGGUGGAGACCUUUUAAUUAGCCCGACUCUCUCUGGAUUUUCGUCGUCUGCCAUUUAGAGGGGGACCAAGCUGCGGUGGGCAAACUUUACUGGGCUGGACGAUACUUUGUGUAGUCUGCUUUUGGCUGUAUUUCAUUUUCGUCUCAGAUGUCCGAUUGACACAGAAUAUACACCCAGGAACCGGGCAUGGUCAGGAUAUCUGUACAAUCUGGAUAUUUUCUUUGGGCGCACUGUGACGAUGAAUUGGCGACAUUUGAUGUGUCUGUGGAUAACAAAGCAAUACCCAUGCAACACUGAACCAAGACUGGUUGGUGCAUAGCCUUGGAAAGCCGUGUUUACACGCGAGUCAUUGACAGCAACGCUCAAUAAACCCAAACAGUUUAGUGUAUUUUCCGCGCUCCGCGUCUCAUGCGUUUGUCCCCCUGCAGACCUCCUGCACAAGACCCUCUCUACGUUUGGAGACGCGGCGGCGGCGGAGACUCCGGAGUGGAAAGUCAGGAAAGGACGGGGCUGCGUCCGCGGGAACUGUUGCGAUUAGGCCCUGCAGCAAGGAGCAUGUGGGUAUAAAUAAAAAGCUUUGGUGGUAGUUUUUGCGCUUAUGUUCCCGCUACCUAGAGUUGACUUGCACCAUAGAAUGAAAAACUGACCCUUUCGAUCAGGACGACGAACCGCAGAUUUAGAGAUAUGAAAGCAAACGCUGCAGGGGGUUUGUCUUGAAUCAAGUUUUGCUCAGUCCUGUAAACAAGAUGCGGUCUAGUUCAGCCGGUAUUACUGUGUAUUCCCGGUGGAACUGAGUUGCACGGAAAGCUGAGCGGAUAAACAGGAAUUGACAUGCUCCAGUGAUGAAAACGCACUGACUGUUCUCCAAGAAAACACUCAACUGCACAGUUUAACUGGAUUUACUCAUUCAUGCUUUUAGUGAUCACAACUUCUCAAAAACUCCUUUAAAAUCUCCCUUUGUGUGUUUUUCCCCAACUUUUUCUACUUUUCCCUUCAUGCACAGCAUUUUCUAAUACUAACUUCCCCCCGAUAUUUUUUCAAUGAGUGAGACAGUGUGCAGGCAGCCGAGAGGACUUAGACUGGAACAGAGCAGGCAGCGAGUGAACCUUGCAGUCUCAAGUGCGUCAAAACAGACGGGAACGUAGAGGAAUGCAGGGACUGACGUCAAGAGAGGCAAUAAUGAACUACUCAAAAUGUUUGGAAGGUCCGCUGGUGUUUCAGCUGCCACUACACUGCUAACCGAGAGGAAUUUUCUCUGAAAAGGUUUUUGUUUGUGUUCUCUUUUUUCACUUUUAAGAUUCAACAUUGCCCUAGUUGUUGUACUGUGGCCCCAUACUUUACCUUACUGUUACUAUCUAUGUUGUCUCUGAAGUAACAGUACCUUUUGCACAGUUUUUGAUUUUGGAUAGAUUAAAAAGCAACAUGGCAUCCCCCCAACACCAACAACUGCUGCCUCACAACACAGAAGUGAGCUGUGACUCAAGUGGAGAUGGAGGCGUCUCAGUGAGGAUUGGCAGCAGUGUCAAACACAAGCAUGGAGGCGGGCCGCUUGGUUCAAUCGGGGGAGGUUUCAUUGGGGGAUCCAAGCACUGCAAGUACAGCAUCUCCUCGAGCUGCAGCUCUGGGGAGUCCGGAGUCAGGAAGCCAGCGGUCAAGAGCUUUCGCUCACAGAGGAAAAUGCCUCAGCUUUUUGAGAGAUCUGCAGGUCACUUCUGGGACCCAAAGUUCGACUCUUCGAUCCUAGAGGAGGCCUGCAGAGAGCGGUGUUUCCCUCAGACCCAACGACGCUUCCGCUAUGUGCUGUUUUACCUGGUUGCCGCUGGCCUCCUCUGGGGAUUGUACUUUGCUGCCAACCCGUCCCGCUGCGAUAGGACUGCCUUUCUCAUUCCCACCGCAUCCUUCCUCCUGUUCUGCCUCCUCCUCUUCCUCUUAACCUUCACCAAGUUCUACUCUCGCUGCUACAAUCAAGCGUCUCUGCUGCUUAUUAUUGUAACCUUCAUCCUCACCCUGGCCCCCCAGAUCCAGACAUCAGGCUUCAGGGACCCAGAGACUCCCACACCUGCACUCGAUGUGGAGGAGUUCAGUGGCAUGGGGCCCUUGUACAACCUGUCCUAUGAUAAGCUUGUAGGUAGCAGCACCUGGUCCCCCUGUCUUUCUCCUGUAGGCACCUUCUCACUCUGUAUUGAAGUUCUUCUGUUGCUGUAUAGUGUUCUCCAUGUUCGCCUCUAUGCCUCUGUCUUGCUUGGGUUUCUCUACUCUAUCUUUUUUGAGAGUCUGGGCUGGCUGCACCUCACCCAGGCAGGGGCAAACUGGAGUAUAGCCUCUCAAUCGGACUGGGACACGCUAAGUUGGCUUGGCCCAGCCAAAGCCUUGCUCCACCUCUGCGCCCACGCCAUCGGCAUCCACCUGUUCAUCAUGUCUGAGGUGCGGUCACGCAGCACAUUCCUUAAGGUUGGACAAGCUAUAAUGCACGGCAAAGAUCUGGAGGUGGAGAAAGCCUUGAAGGAGCGAAUGAUCCACUCCGUCAUGCCCAGAAUUGUGGCUGAUGAACUGAUGAAGCAGGGUGAUGAGGAAAUAGGUGAUAAUUCUGUUAAACGAUACUCCACCAGUGGUGCAGCAGCCGCCAUCUCCAGCCCUAAAAACAAUAAACGGAAGAAAACCUCCAUCCCUCGAGGUCAGAUAAUCUUCAGACCCUUCAACAUGAAACGGAUGGAGCCCGUCAGCAUCCUCUUUGCAGACAUUGUGGGCUUCACAAAGAUGUCUGCCAACAAAUCUGCCCAUGCACUUGUGGGGCUUCUGAAUGACUUGUUUGGACGAUUUGAUAGACUUUGUGAGCUCACCGGCUGUGAAAAGAUCAGCACUCUAGGAGACUGUUACUACUGUGUGGCUGGUUGUCCCGAACCCAGACCGGACCACGCCUAUUGCUGUGUGGAGAUGGGCCUGGGCAUGAUCCAAGCUAUUGAGCAGUUUUGCCAGGAGAAGAGGGAGAUGGUGAACAUGAGGGUGGGUGUCCACACUGGAACUGUGUUGUGUGGUAUCCUGGGGAUGAAACGCUUCAAGUUUGAUGUUUGGUCAAAUGACGUCAACCUGGCCAACCUGAUGGAGCAACUGGGAGUGGCUGGGAAAGUCCACUUAUCCCAGGCUACCGCCAACUUCCUGGAUGACCGCUAUCAGCAUGAAGAUGGACAGGUCACCGAGAGAAUUGGACAGAGUGUGGUGGCUGACCAACUCAAAGGCCUGAAAACCUACCUGAUCUCUGGCAGGAAGGUGGAGCCACACUCUCACUGUAGCUGCUCCCAGUUGGGGUUAGCUGGACCGGAGCAUGCAGAUCUUCGCUGUCCCACGCCCAGAGUGCACACACCUGAUGGAGCCCCUUCGGCGGGCAACCUGGCCCCUGACAGAGCCAAGUCUCCCUGUCUGUCCUGCAGUGUGGUCCUCAUGCCAGCAGAGGAUCAGACCCUGGAGGAAGGAGUGGUACUCAACGGUUGCCAUGAUGACCACAAGACCAACAGCAGCAAGGACACUUCAAAUCUGAAGUGCUCCCCAGUGGUUUCUGUGGGGCGCGGCCCCAAGGCUCUGAACGGCCUGCUCAGUCCUCGACUUGAAGCCUUGAACAACAGCCAGACGUCACUGUGUGAGAUGCUGCAGGAAAAGGAAAAGAAAACUUGGAGUGGAGGAGCCAUGGGGAUGGACCACUCAGCGCUCAUCCCGCUGCGAUCCAAGAACUUCAGAGAGAGGAGUGAUGCCCACUUUGUGGAUGUUAUCAAAGAGGACAGCCUUAUGAAGGACUAUUUCUACAAACCUCCCAUAAACAAGCUGAGCCUCACCUUCCUGGAGAAGAGUCUGGAGUCUGCUUACCGGAUAAGCUACCAGGAGGAGGUGGAGACCCAAGCAGCAGUGCAGACUUUUGCCAGUCCAACAUUCAGCUCCUUCCUGGACAUGCUGCUGUGCUGUUUAGUGUUUCUGGCUCUCUCACUGGCUUGUUUCUUUCAACCGCUUGUCACCCAGCAGAGUCUGUCCAUACCAGCACUCAUUCUGACAGCUGUAGUCGCCUCACUGGAGGCUCUGGCUCUGCUGUUUUCUAUACGUAUGGCUUUCUACCUGGACAGUACGCUGAAUUGCACUCGGGUGCUGAUGAGGACGAUCUCAGGCUGGAUAGCUCGUCACUUUAUAGGAGCUGUCCUGGUGUCCCUGCCUGCUGUGGCUGUCUUCUCCCAUGUCACCUGUGACAUGCAUCUCUCCAUCCAGGUCACCAUGUUCAUCUGCUGCGCUGUCAUCAUAGCUAUCAUUCAGUAUUGCAAUUUCUGCCAGCUAAGCUACUGGAUGCGCUCAACUCUAGCAACACUGGUGGGACUGGGACUGCUUGCCUUGCUGUUCAGCUCCCCCUGCAGUGUUGCUAAGAGUCUGUUUUUCUGGUCUGAUAGGCAGAACAACACUAAUAGCUCCGUUAUCAUAUCAGACAACCCAGUAGACCCUGACCAGCCCUACCCACAGGACCUGCUGGGCCCUGAGGCCUGUGUGGCCUUUUUCCUGCUCCUUCUCCUGGUCUGGUUUCUUAACCGUGAAUUUGAGGUCAGUUACCGCCUGCAUUACCACGGCAAUGUGGAAGCUGAUCAACACCGCAUCAAGAUCCAGAACAUGAGGGACCAGGCCGACUGGCUGCUUCGCAAUAUCAUCCCAAUCCAUGUAGCAGAGCAGCUAAAGGUCACCCAGAGCUACUCCAAGAACCACGACAAUGUGGGUGUAAUAUUCGCCAGUAUUGUUAACUUCAGUGAGUUUUAUGAGGAAAGCUAUGAGGGAGGCAAGGAGUGCUACCGUGUCCUCAAUGAGCUAAUCGGUGACUUUGAUGAGCUGUUACGGAAGCCUGCCUUCACGAAUAUUGAAAAGAUCAAGACUAUUGGUGCCACGUACAUGGCAGCAGCUGGUCUCAACGCGCAGCAGUGUGCAGAUGCAGCACAUCCUCAUGCCCACCUCCGUGCUCUUUUCGAAUUUGCCCUAGAAAUGAUGUGCGUGGUGGAUGACUUCAACAAGAACAUGCUGGGCUUUGGCUUCAAGCUUCGCAUUGGGUUCAAUCAUGGUCCUCUGACAGCAGGGGUUAUUGGCACCACUAAGCUUCUCUAUGAUAUCUGGGGUGACACAGUCAAUAUAGCCAGUCGCAUGGAUACAACAGGUGUGGAGUGUCGUGUCCAGGUUAGCGAGGAGAGCUACUGUGUGCUCAGUGGCAUGGAUUAUGAAUUUGAUUACCGUGGCACAGUUAAUGUGAAGGGAAAAGGCCAGAUGAAGACCUUCCUUUACCCGAAGAGCAGUGACAGUGGCCCUGUGCCUCAGUACCAACUCUCAGUUUCACCAGAGAUCCGGGCACAAGUAGAUGGUAGCAUUGGGCGCUCGCCCACUGAUGAAAUUGCCAGCAUGGUGCCCACGACCAGCAUGACUGCAAGCAGUACUAACACUAUGGUACCUAGUGCCAGUGCUGGUUCCUCUACUACCACAGGGCUUAGUCAUGAGAAAGAGGCGGAUAGCCGUGAAAGACGCCCCUCCGCAGAGAUUUCUCAUGCCAGACGAUCUAUGUCUCACAGUGGCCUGACAUCUAUACCGGUUACCAAUCUAGAAGGGCCUUCUUCUUCUGCAAAUAACAAACAGCUCAGCAUCUCAUCCUCAGCCCAGCAAAAUACAUCCCAAAGUUCAACAAAGUCCCUGAAAGACAUCAAGAAGGAGAAAUAUGAGGAUGACAGAAAUGUUGGGGAGUUAACCAGACUUUAAGAAUUUGCUACAGUAAAUUGUCUACCCUUUAAGCUCUUGUUCCUGCCAGCUGGCAUUUGUAGAAUCGCUGUACAUUUGGUCCUAUCAAAACACCCACAAGCUUCUUCUCUGCAUCAGCCAGGGAGAGGGUUGUUUUUCAUGUAAAUCUCAUUGGCUGAUAUUAUCAGUGGAGGGUGCUGGAUGGACCACAAAGAGAGUGUCAGGCAGGAACAGAGAGGAAAUGGGAAGAUGUGAUGGUUGACUCUGAAUCUUCUCUUGCCUGCUACAGAUCCCAUCAUCUCCCAUUAACUUACUUGAUUAUCUUUACACCUUUAAUCUUGGUUUUUUCUUUCAUAUGUCUUUUAAGUGCCUUUAGAAUAGAAUAAUGUGUAGACUAAGCCUUUUUGAGUAAGGGAAGAAUAACAUAAAGGGAAAAUUGUAAAUUAGCAAACUUUUUGGAAAAAAUGCUUUGCUUUUGUUACAAUCUUACUUUGUAAACUAUGUUUUGCUAUGAUAUUUUGCCUUUUAUCAGUGAAGAGCUAAGAAAGUUGAACUUACAUAUGGACAACAGUGUGAGAAGAAUCACAGUGUUUGCCGACUAAAGGGAAAUAAGAUAUUACUUCAAUAUAUGUAUUAGUAAAAUCUGCACUAAAAUGCAGCAAUGCCUGUUUCUAUGUUCUUCAUGGAAGCCAGAAAACUCGUCAUGAGAGCAGCACAGACUAAUCAAUACAGGCUAAGGGCAGACGAGGCCAAGCUGCAUGUCGUGUGAGUGUAUUUGCAUUCAUACAGUGUGUGUGUGCUUGAGUGUGUGUUUGUAUGUGUCUGUGUAGUAAGAUCAUGCAAGGUUUAAUGAGGAGAGGUGCCUAUGAGUUAUUUGGUGAAACUGCAGGAUGACAAACUCUUAAGGAACGCAGUCCAAAAAAAAAAAAAAUCUUGUUUGCUGAUGUGGCAGCUUUUUCUUUGGCCUCAGUUGAGAUGUCUGUAUUGCCUCAGUAGUGAGGCGUACACUUAAUCAGCAUGCUUGCAACAACAGUACCAAGGAUGAGGCUAACUGCUACUAGUGUUUGUGCCCUCCCCCAUGAUCCAGGCCCUGGUGGGAAGUCAGGUUGUGUUUAGUGCUGAUGAGUAUUUCGAUGGAUCCUACAAGUCACUGCUGUACCUGUAGAGUGUCUUUAGCUGUGACUUUAGAUAGAUUAGAGAAAACAACUGCCUAGGUUUGCUAUGGAUUACACUGUGUGUUAAUUAAUAGUGCUUUUAAGACAUGGAUAAUCAAAGUGGAAUGUCACAAAUCAAAACUAAAUGUCUUUUAUUGUAUUUAUUGUUACACAAAACUUGAACUGUUCAUGUGAAGCUGCCCUCUCUAAUUCUUUUGAUUUGAAAGACAUUACUGGAUGCAAACAGCUGGAUGCGUUAGCUGCUUCAGUCUUGCAAUGCCAUGGAACUUAAUGUAAUAGCACUGUAAAAUCAAAGGCAGUGCACCAAAUGUGUCUCGUAUGACUCCCUAGGUGUUAUUACUCCUUUCUUUUUGACUUAAAUUAUUUCAUGUCGUUAUGUUAGAUUACUAAGGAAAUCAAACUGUUUAAACUAUACAUCUGUUGCUGUUACAUUUUCUUGCUGUUAUUGUUUCUUAGCAAAAAGGAUUGUGUGCUCAGAGGCAAAAAAAAGAAUGACCAUAAAAUCCACUGCAGUGUCUUAUUUUUAACAUUUGAAUAUCCUGAACAGCUGAGUAACAACCUCAUAUUUUUAAAUUGGCAUUUCAUAAUCACUACUUUUAAGUAAUAAAGCAAAUAAAAACAUUGCAGAACAACAACAACAAAGAACCGGUUUCUCCUCUUUUACCAUGCCUCAUUUAGCAUUACCCUAAUAGUUAGAUAAUUUGUUUUCUUUGUUGUCUGUGUGGGAAAUUAGGGUAGCUUGUGCCUUUUAACUUUGGACUUGAUUUCCCUUCUUUUUUUUCACUCUCAACUCUAAGUUGGUUUUCUUAAGACACUUAAAUACACUUAACGCUAUAGGAAUGUUUACUUUUGUGCUUGAAGGUAAUACAAUUUGAGCAGUGCCUUUUCUUAAUAAAUACAAUUAAAUCUAAAUGUACCAAACAUAAUAUUCUACAUUAGUUGGCCUUAUUGCAGUUUUUGGAUUUCUUUGUAUUUGACCCUCCAUUUCGUACUGUAUUUUUUGUUCAGUUAGAGUUGUGGUUGUCUAAAAUGCAAUAAUAAGAGCUAAACAUCACUGGUUUAAUAGGGAAAAUUAGCUUCUUUUCGCUUAUGAGCACACAACUCCUGUACCAGCCCAAGAUUUGUGUUUGUGUUAUUACAAUAAAAAGAUGCUUAGAAUAACUAUUGUUGUUAUUAUCCAAGGUUAAGUGCUUAAUAGAGGUCAUGAUAUUUGAGUGUGCAUAAACUAUAUUUCUUUCAUUUUUUUAUUUUUUAUUUUUUUUUUGCUUUGUAAUUUGAUAAUCUCUUUUUAAUAAUGUGUUGUUUUUUUCGAAUAUAAACUCUGAAUAUUUUUUUUUCUGGAUUUGUGUUGUUUGCGACAAACAGAAACAUUAAGAUAAGGGUGUCAACUCAGAUCUGAUUGUUUUUUUUUCUUUCACUGCAUAAAUGAGCUUAUGUGUUGAUUUAGUUGGAUUUAUUGAGAUGUAAGUGACAUUCUGAACCAGGAGAAUGACACAUGGGGAAAACUUUGAUGCCAAAGAGUGUCAUUACCAUCUCAUGAAUUUUCCUUUUAUGUUAGGUCUUAUCUUCUUCUUAAUUUGCUCGUUGUGUUGUGCACAUUCAAGAAAGGUCAUUAAUACGUACACUCACUGUUAAAACACAUUUGCACAAGGCACUCACUUUUUAUGUACAGUAUGCCUUUAUAUUGUAUAGUAUCUGAGCAUUUUCUAUUAUUUAUAUAAGCGCAUGUACUAGAGUGUUAAAUAGUCUAAAGAACUGGGUAAUUUUAACAAUGUUGGAAUAAUAUUUGUGUGUUCUGUUAGCCUGCAUGUGUGUAAAAAUGUACGAGUGUUUGUAGAAUUGUGUGGUAGUGUGUGUGUUUUGGAAGGGAUGCUCUAAUCUUAGCAGGAAUGUGACCUGUACAUUUUAGUUAACUUUCUCAUCUCAAAAACAUGCUAGGACAGUAAGGCUUCAAUCAAUACAUAUUUCAUUUUUCUUUAUUUUAAAUCAAACUGGCCAAAUAAAAUGGAUGAGGCUUUACAAGAUGUCUGCAGGUAGGCAGUAUCUCAGUAGCCUGCUACAGGCAGGUUUUAAUGAAUUAUUGCUUUCUAUGGAAAUGUUUUUGUAUAUAGCACGCUAAUAGGUAUGCAAGUGAAGGUUAAAAUUGAAUAAAGUCAGUUGCUGGGAAA